UUGGAUGUGGAGACAAGUGACAUGGAAAUGGGAGAGUCCUGGGAUGCCCAGCGGGCCGUUGUAUCUGAGUUGGAGACAAACAAGUACAACUUCAAGUUGCAGCUUGUUGGCAUUUGCAAUUCGAGAGGGAACAUACCGCUUGUUACCAACCAUAAUGUCAUUCAGCGAUCAGGGGAUACAGAACGCUUCAGAUACACAUCAUUUUCCCUCUUACGACCACCGUAUAGGAACGUGCACCACCCCAACCGAGUUUGCACAACGAAUGGUGACCUCCAAGUCGUGCUUGAGAACCCAUUGUUUCGAACGCUGACUCAACCCAAAUAUUCUGUUCUUGUCCGUUUAUUUCAGGACACGUCCGAUGCUGCUGGAUUGGCGCUCAUAAUCCAAAUGGAAAGAAUGCGCGUGGCGGAAGUUAUAGCUGCCAGAGACACCGUUGUCGAACGCCUCGAAGACGCUUACGUAUCUGUUCGGCAAAAGUCAGCAACGAUCGAUCGACUUCAGCGUGAGCUAGACGAUCUGAGGCGCCCUUCUACCCCUGCGACAUCUGUUACGAGGGAUGAUGAUUCAUCUACGCAGCCUCCGGUGCAAGACAUUGCCACAUUCGAUACUCCACAACUAGCUCCGAGAGAAGGGGACCGUAAUUGUCAGAAUACAUCCGCUCAGGUCUUGCCUUGGCAGGUGCCUCUUAACACUCCGAACAGACCUGGAUCCACAGGCCUGCCUCCCACGCCGCCACUGGAUUCCCGCCCAGGAAGCCGGUGUGAUUCCAAUUUUUUCAGUCCAUCUUUUCAAUCAAAUCAUUGCGCACGUCUUAACAAUUCUUUCGAUUCGCACCGCUCUGAAACCGUCGACUUCGACCAUCCGAAUAUUGCCGAACCACUUCCGCUUGGCGAUGGACCUGAGAAAUUGAUUCUCGCAAGACAAGCAUUUCUUGCGACGCUUCCCCUCCCUGCUGACAUCCCAGACGAUGCUCUAAACCCAAUUGUCAUUCCUCAGCCAUACACCCUGCAUGAAUUCUUGGGCAAUACUUCUGGUACUCUCAAAAGCUCCCUGUCAAACUAUCGUGUCCUUGGCCAACCGACAACAUACUGGUGCCCAGAGCGCGAAGAACAUGGAUAUUUGCUUACCCCCGUUUUCAAGUGUAGCACCAAUCCCCGAGUAACAACAGCACACCGAUGGACUGUGGCAGAUGUGAUCGGCACCAUGGACAGGCCUACUGAGUGCUUCUACAACAAGGACGGGAAGUGGUACUACGCUGGCGUAUACAAGGCUUUUCGCAUGGACGAUCUAACCACGGAAGAGUGGGAGGCUCUUUCAAUCGAGACGACGCAAACUCUUAUCAAGGAGACUCUAGCUGGCCGAAAGAACCUCUCGCCCCAAAACCUCUACGAGACUGGACAGUUGUAUGCUGCUAGUGCCCUUCGUGUUGCGUGUAUCGGACUGCAGUGUGUAGGAUUCAGCUCUGCGAUGUAUCGCGCGGUCUUGGAACAAGCAGCUCUAGGGAAAUGGCGCGGAAUAGGCUGGCCGGUACCCACCACGAAAUCGUCCAGUGACACAACAAUUGAAGGCGAUGGAAUACCUGGACCUUGA